CCAGUUAUUUAAAUCGAACAAACCCCUAAGGGUUGUGACGUGUGCACGCUGUAAACUGAAAGCCAGGCUCAGUUGGUGCUGUUGUUGUUCGCUUUGAGGAGUUUGGUGAUGUUAGCGCUUUGCUAUUAUUUAAGGGUCUUCAAGCUCCCACUAGAAGGCUAAUUUUACCCAAAUAUAAACACCUGUAUGUCUAGCCAGAGGUAUAUUUUAGUAAUAUUUCAUCAUAUUUAGCCAGGUAGUGGGAAGCUAGGUAACAAGAUAGGUCCCAAAGUUGCUGAUGGAUGCGCGGGUAACGGAGUUAUUUGGCUCAGGAAAUGGACACAGUUGUGGAUCUCAAGGUGUUGCGUCCAACGUGAAGUCGGGGAAUGGCUAUGGGGUAGUGGCCAAAAAAGCUUGUACAAAGAACAUCAAGAAAUCAAAGACUCGAUUCUCUCGCAACUUCAAACCAAGCAACAACACCCCAUAUCUACCUCCAGAGGCUGAAGAGGGAAAUAUAGAGUACAAGCUGAAGCUAGUGAACCCAACGCAGUACCGCUUUGAGCACCUGGCAACACAAAUGAAAUGGCGACUGCAGGAGGGUAGAGGUGAAGCUGUUUAUCAGAUUGGUGUUGAGGAUAAUGGCAUGCUGGUGGGAUUGUCAGAGGAAGAUAUGACGGCAUCACUGAAGACGCUCCACAGGUUGGCAGAGAAAAUUGGAGCUGAUAUCACUGUUCUUCGAGAGCAAGAGGUGGACUAUGACUCUGAUGUGCCUCGAAAGAUUGCUGAAGUUCUCAUUCGCAAGGUGCCAGAUGAUCAGCAGUUCUUAGACCUGCGAGUAGCCGUACUGGGUAAUGUGGACUCGGGCAAGUCCACCCUGCUGGGUGUUCUGACACAAGGUGAGCUUGACAAUGGACGGGGAAGAGCGAGGCUCAACCUCUUCAGACAUCUUCAUGAGAUUCAGACUGGACGAACUUCAAGCAUCAGCUUUGAGAUUCUUGGUUUCAACAGUAAAGGAGAGGUUGUGAAUUACAGCGAGUCUCGUACAGCAGAGGAGAUUUGUGAGAGUGCCUCUAAAAUGAUCACAUUCAUCGAUCUGGCGGGUCACCACAAGUACUUGAAGACCACCAUCUUUGGCCUCACCAGCUACUGUCCAGAUUUCGCUAUGCUGGUCGUCAGCGCAAAUACUGGCAUUGCUGGUACAACACGGGAGCAUCUUGGUCUUGCCAUGGCCCUGAAGGUGCCCAUUUUCAUUGUCAUCAGUAAAGUGGACCUUUGUACGCGGGCCACUGUGGAGCGCACAGUGCGGCAGUUGGAGCGUGUCUUGAAACAACCGGGCUGCAACAAGGUGCCCAUGGUGGUAGAUAGUACAGACGAUGCCGUCACAGCAGCACAGCAGUUUGCACAAUCACCCAACAUCACUCCUAUCUUCACCUUGUCCAGUGUGUCUGGAGAGAGUCUAGACUUGCUCAAGGUCUUCUUCAAUAUCAUCCCUCCUCUCAGCAACAGCAAGGAACAGGAGGAGCUUAUGCAGCAGCUAACCGAGUUUCAGGUGGAUGAGAUCUACACAGUGCCAGAGGUGGGGACUGUGGUGGGAGGUACUCUGUACAGUGGUAUUUGUCGUGAGGGAGAUCAUCUUGUAGUAGGGCCCACAGACUCGGGCCAGUUCCACAAGCUGACAGUUGGGAGCAUUCAAAGGAAUCGGUCGGCAUGCAGGGUACUCCGGGCUGGCCAGGCUGCCACACUCGCCCUGGGCAACUUUGACCGUUCACUGCUACGCAAGGGCAUGGUCAUGGUGAGUCCAGAGAUGGAUCCUACCAUCUGCUGGAUGUUUGAGGCUGAAAUUGUGCUUCUCUUCCAUGCUAAGACCUUCCACAAGGGCUUCCAGGUUACUGUGCACAUUGGCAAUGUGAGACAGACAGCCACAGUGGAAGCUGUAUAUGGCAAGGAGGAGCUGAGAACUGGGGAGAAGGCAGUGGUUCUCUUCAAGUUCAUCAAGCACCCAGAAUACCUGAAAGUGGGUGCUAAGGUGCUCUUCAGAGAGGGUGUGACCAAAGGCAUCGGCCACGUCACCAAGUUGCAACCCAUCACCCAGUACCGGCCAUCCCAAAACGAGAACGAGGAGGCCUAAAGUUUUUUAGGGGACCACAACAGAAACCACUGUCCUGACCCACAAAAGGUGCUUUAUAAACCACCUCCAGCUUUCUCCAAAGGCUACUCUUCCCUUUUCCCUGCACAGUAAAUCCCUUUCACAGGUUUCUGUUGGUUUAUCACCGUGUUCCAAAGCCUUGUUGUCAACAUCUUCCUUAUUCUCCCUCUUCAGCCUUUUAAAUAACUGUUGAUAUUUUAGCCUGCUUUCUGGAGUUGAGGUUUAAAGAGUGUUGCUUUUCAUUGGCUCUGAUAACAGGAAACCCCUCAACCACCUUCACAGCAACUUCUACCUAAGUGUCAAAACAAGCAUUAGUUGCAGUGCACAGUUAAAUAAGUGGCAGCUAGGCUUUCUCGCAUCUACGUUGACAUGCUGCUUACACAGUUUACACCUAAAUGCACUAACACAGAAAGAUGCACACACACUUGCACUGGAACAUACAUGUCAAGGUUGAUAUACCUUUGACAGAUAAUCUUUUACAAAUUCCACAGUUGCAAGUAUGAGGUGCUUGAACUGUAAGGUGUAACUGAUCUCACCAAUGUCACUGUUUCAUUGCCCCACAGCAGCUUGUCUCUGCCAGAAUAGUGCCUCACUGUUAAGGAUAAGACUCUGAUUUCACUGCAUUUCAGUACUCUUAAAUAUUAUUUCCUUAGCUAACCAAUUAUGUGAGGUAGUAAAAGCAAUGUGAUACAUUUGUGGGUCUCAGAUGCAGCUUAACAGCUGUAUAUAAGCUAAACAAUCCUGCCUCAAGCUAGACUGCUGAUGAAGGCACUUUAUGAUGGUAAUAGAAGAGGUAUGCAAUGUUAGAACUUGACCCAGUUUGUUUGUAUGUCAGCUAAUUCACAUUGGUAAUCAAUUAUGGGCACAUUUGUCUGAGAAUUAUGUUUUUUAUUCACAAAUAAUGCCUCACAAUAGUGCAGUGAGAUGGUGGUGAUUUUGCUACCUAUCUUUCAGGUGCUUUUGCAUCUCAGGUCAGAGUAGAUAUUGUAUUGUACAGCAUAGUAUUGGACAGCAUUCCACUCUUAUAGAACCACUGCAGUGAAGGCUUCCAUUGCUGACUUGGGAGGAAAAGGGGCGAAUUUGAGGAGAACGAGACAAGGGUGUGCUUCUCCCAAAGAGAUUUUUGAUUAUGCAUUAUAUAGUAUGCGAAGCUGCCUACUAAUGUAGCUUUGUUUAAAAGCAGUUGUGUGUGUGUGUGUGUGUAUGUGUGAGACGUAUUUGGUGUCAUCUGUUUUAUAUGUUACUGAUGUCACAAACUUUCGAGGUUAACACAGUGCCUAAUGGAACUGCAUUUGAAUAAUGUUCCAUUACACCCCAAAGUUGUACAACUUAGUAAGAGCAAAUAAGUUGGUGCUACUAUUAGAAAUGGUUUUUGAUAUCUAGAUGACUUUGAAAAUGAAUGGUAAUUGCUACUUUGUUCAAGGCUGCUGUUGGCCUUAUCACCUGUCUUGUUGCAUGUUUGAUUUGAUUUCUACAUUGUUGUCCGACUGACAUCAGUGAUGUAGAGGACAACUGAAAUGUGCCGUUUUGUUGCACAUUAUUGUUAUGCAGUUUGUGCGUACUCAAAGAGAGAAACAUAUAUCAACCAAAAUAGUUGUAUCCUUUAAGAGUUUAUAUCAGGUGUUAAAGUUCAUUUUAACGCAUUUGAGGUAUAUUUUUUAGAUUUCUAGUAGUUCCAGAUUUUACAGUUGAUUCAAACCCAUUUUUCAUAUUGUUCUUAUCUUUUUCAAAUCCCAUUGAAGACCUAUUUUUCUUUUCAAGUGUCGUAUUUUUGUCAUUAUCUGGGUAAAAUGCAAUAUUUAUGU